AUGGAGGAAGAUGGCACCAACAAUGGACUCCUACGACCCCUAUCACAACCCGCGUUGAACUCACGAUUUCCUUCGCUACGACGUUUAAACUCGACCGAGCCUUACAGGCACCGCUCUCUACCUGCCGAGCCCUCACCUGGCUCCGACCGCGCCAGCAGUGAGAUUACCUUCGCUGUUCUUUACGAUGACGGGCCCGACUAUCAUGUCGGGCGUUAUGACGAUCAAGGAUCAAUGCGAUCUGCCCAGAACAGAGAUUCCCUGCAGUCCUAUGCCCCGUCCUUCCGCACCCGAGACUCGAGAAUAGUGAGCGACGAGCACUACCUCAACCGGGACCAAGACUUUGUAGCAAACCAAAGACUACUGGCAGAGGGCUAUUUGAAUAACAAUGAUUCGCUCUAUGACCAAUCGGUUCCUCGAUAUCCGACGCAAUCGGAGGAAACCCUGGCUAUGAACACUCUCCACAACUCGUACCCCCGUGAUGAAAAGAGACCACUUUCCCAGCAGAUGACCCCCCCAAUGGACCGAGAACACAGUAAACACUCCCAUGAGUCAUGGUGCACAUGCGAUGAAGACCAUGGCCACGGCAUGGUGGACAGGAAAGACCCAGCCAAGUUCGAUCUCGAGGCCCAGAAUGGUCCUGCCACCCCUACUCCUUUCUUGCCCAAAGAGAAACCGGGCGGUGGUCCAGGACCUCGUGGCCCUGGCGGUCCUGGCGGUCCGGGUGGUCCUCCAAACGACGACCCCUUCCUGGUCAAAUUCAAAGGGCCUGAUGACCAGCUGAACCCGAAGGCCUGGCCUUCAAACAAGAAGUGGGCCAUUACAAUGCUUACCGCGUCCUUUACAUUCCUUUCGCCCCUAGCAUCGUCCAUGGUCGCGCCCGCCCUGGGACAGAUAUCCAAAGAACUGCACAUCACCAAUCAGUUUGAAUCCCAGAUCGUCCUGUCCAUCUUCGUCUUGGCAUACGCGAUCGGUCCUAUGGUUCUCGGUCCUCUCUCCGAACUGUACGGCCGUGUUAUCAUCCUUCAAUCGUCCAACGUAGUAUUCCUGGCGUUCAACACUGCCUGUGGCUUUGCUCAAACCAAGGAGGAGCUUAUGGCCUUCCGAUUCUUGUCCGGUCUCGGUGGCUCAGCGCCGCUCGCCAUCGGUGGUGGUGUCCUGGGUGACUUGUUCAAACCCGAAGAACGAGGCAAGGCCAUGGGUAUCUACGCGAUGGGACCUCUGCUUGGCCCUGCCGUUGGCCCUAUCGUGGGUGCCUGGGUGGCCGAAAAGUCUGACUGGAGGUGGAUGUUUUACGCCACUUCGAUUGUCAACUGCUUCAUUCUCGUCGCCGGCUUCUGGAAACUCAACGAAACCUAUGCUCCCUACAUCUUGCACAAGAAGGCCAAGGAGAUCCGCAAACAGACAGGCGACAAUCGGUGGCACGCAGAGGGCGAGACAGAGGUUGACCAGCCAGUGUGGAAGAAGAUCGUCAAGACAAUGGCUCGAUCAUUCGGCAUGCUGUUCAGCCAACCCAUUGUGCAAGUGUUGGCCCUGUACAUGGCCUUCUCCUACGGUAUUCUCUACUUGGCGCUUUCUACUUUCCCGGAUCUGUACGGCAACAUUUACCACGAAAGCGUGGGUAUUGCUGGCCUGAACUACAUCUCGCUGGGCUUGGGUUUCUUCAUCGGCGCCCCGCUCUGUGGCAAGCUUGGCGACAAGAUCUACCGCAAGCUCAAGGCAAGAGAUCCGCGGGGGCAAGGCAAACCGGAAUAUCGAAUGCCAGUUGUCAUUCCUUUCUCCUUCUUUGUGCCCGUUGGUCUUUUGGUCUACGGAUGGUCCGCCCAGGCCAAAACACACUGGAUUGUGCCCAACAUUGGCUCGUUCCUCUUCGGUAUUGGAACUAUCGCCGCCUUCCAAUGCGUCACCACCUAUCUCGUUGACACCUACGCCAGGUUUGCUGCCUCGGCCGUGGCUGCUGUCACGAUUCUGCGAUCUCUGGCCGGUUUCGGUUUCCCUCUGUUCGCGCCGGCGAUGUACAAAGCUCUACACUUUGGGUGGGGUAACACGGUACUAGCCCUCGCCGCCGUCGGUAUCGGCAUCCCAGUCCCUAUCAUCCUCUGGCUCUUUGGUGAGAAGCUGAGGAAGAGAAGCAGCCUCGCUAUGAAAGGACCUCCUCCGGGCAAGGGUGGCCCUGGAGGACCCGGCGGACCAGGAGGGAAGGGGCCUGGUGGUCCGGGUGGUCCGGGUGGCCCUGGAGGCCCAGGCGGACCUGGGGGUCCCGGUGCCAAGGGUCCUGGAGGUCCAGGAGGUCCAGGUGGGCCUGGUGGCAAGGGCCCAGGUGGCCCUGGGGGUCCCGGAAAGCCUCCAGGGUACACUCAAUGA